GUGAGGAAGGGAAGCACACCAGAUGCAUACAUAGGCCGGCGAACCCCGCACCAUGAAACGAACCGCCGAAUGCGUCGGUAGCGCACGAACCACCCCUGGGAACAUGGAAGCUAACGUUUGCCUCGUCGUCGUCCUUAUCGCCUUACCCCUGGUGGCUUGCAACGAGUAUCAGCUAUGCGGCACCGCGCCAACAAGGGCAAAGGAGUACACGGAUGGCGCCACAUCGUCUUCGGAAGUGUCACCAGUGCGCUGGCCCUGGAACGCCGCCAUCCACACAAUCGCCAAGUUCCGGCCCGAGCAGUACUGUGCCGGGGCGCUAAUCAGCGAUCAGCACGUGCUCACCGCAGCACACUGCAUCGACAAAAGAACAAGCGAUGGCAUACGUGUCCAUUUGGGGUCCUGGCGACGAAGCACACUCGAUAAGGGUGAACUCGCAAUGUCCGUGAAGGAGAUGUGCAUUCAUCAGAACUUUUCUGGCAGUACCAACGAUAUCGCCAUAAUAACGCUUGUACAGCCGGUGAACUUCACGACUGGCAUUAGACCAGUUUGCCUUCCUUACCGAAAGGAAACUUUACCAACAGACUCCGAGGCAUACACGGCGGGAUGGACAGCUAGACCAAGAAAGGGAUACCGUCGCACGAGGAGAUCCCUCAAGGAGCUGAAGCUGACCCUUCUUAGUAAGAACACCUGCUUGAAGUACUUCGAUAUCGCUCUCUCCGACGAUGUGCUGUGUGCACCGCAUGAUGGUGGCUCACUUUGUGAGGGAGACAGUGGAGCACCUAUUAUGCAGAACAUCGGUGGCAACUGGUUCUUGCAGGGAGUUCUUUCAGGCGGCCCUCCCACCUGUGGCGACUCGACGCUCCCCAUGGUCUUCACACGAGUUGCUAGCUUUAUGGACAACUUCAUCAAUCCCUACUUCAAAGCCAAGUCACGCGAGGCAAAGAAAAAGUUUUGCACCCUGAAGUGACAUAACCAAGAGCGUGCGUGGUAACCAGAGGACAUGGAUACACUACUCGCAAAGACGAGAGAUGGGCUCGAAUCAGUGCCAUUUCACUGUUCAUUUUGCCAUCAUUAUUUAUCUCGCGAAAUUCACAUUCACCUGUAAGGGCUCAAAUCUAUAACCGCUUCUUUCGUCGCAUUUCUGAACCCCGAAAAGGUCAAUGACAAUGAGCUUUCUAGUCCGAAAAUUGUGCGUUUUGUAUAUAUGUCUUAUAGAAAUAUUUUCAGAAUGUUUAUGUCUACUAUGUUGCACAUACGACGUGCAAUUUUUUUUCUGCUCAUUUCAAGGUAGGAUCGACGCUGAGAAAUCAUUUGUCGUAGUUUAGUCGGGGCCAUGUGCAAAAUAGGGAGGAAGAAAUCCUGAGGCCACAUUCUUCGCUCAACUUUCAGGAUAGCAUUGUAUUACUGUGCGAUGUGGCAUUUGAGUUUGCCCUCAGAAGAAAGUGCCGUUCAACAAUGACAGACAAUGUGCGCGUCUCCCGUUUUAUUUGCGGAUAUCGAAAAUAAAAUGCUGUGCUCAAAUGCAAGUGUUCAUUUUGGUAUGUAGUGUUGUCGAACAGAUGUUUUGGUAAAUAUUGCUGGCAUGUUCUAGGCGCUCAGAAUUAGACAUCGCAUCUUCUAGUACCACUCACGGUCUUGUCAAGUGCGCGUUCUAAGAAGCAGUGUCUGGAAAAAAAAACAUUCUGUCAUUCAGCUGGCGACAAA